AUGGAUAUCUACAGUUCAGCUUUAUCACCAGCGCUGGACAUCGGGACAGGUUGUUACCUGUUUGUUUUAGCUGUUCUCUCCAUCCUGGGAAACCUCUUGGUUCUUUUUAUGGCGUUCAAAAGGUCAUCAAAGAUGAAGCCACCAGAGCUGCUGAGUAUUAAUCUGGCAGUGACAGACCUAGGGGCAGCUGUCACCAUGUACCCCCUGGCUGUGGCUUCUGCCUGGAACCACCAUUGGAUCGGGGGAGAUGUUACCUGUAUUUAUUACGGCCUGGCAGGAUUCUUUUUUGGCUUGGCCAGCAUCAUGAACCUUACUAUCUUGGCCAUAGUGCGCUUCAUUGUUUCACUUGAUCUGAAUUCUCCCAAGGAAAAAAUCAGCUGGAGGAAGGUGAAGAUGCUGUGCUUGUGUUCAUGGCUGUACGCAUUGCUCUGGGCUCUGUUCCCCCUCCUUGGUUGGGGGCGGUACGGACCGGAGCCCUUCGGCCUGUCUUGUUCUCUUGCCUGGGGACAGAUGAAGCAUGAGGGCUUCUUUUUCGUCAUCUCAAUGUUCACUUUCAACUUCAUCAUACCUUCUGUCAUCAUCUUCUCCUGCUACUUUGGCAUCGCCAUCAAGCUCUAUUAUACCUACAAAAACUCCCUGAACUGCAACCAAAUCCCCAAUAUUGUCAAGCUCCAGCGAAGGCUGUUAAUAAUUGCUGUUUUGAUCAGUGUAGGCUUCAUAGGCUGCUGGGCUCCAUAUGCUGUGUUAAGCAUGUGGUCAAUUUUGGGUGACAGUAACACGAUCCCGCCUGAAGUCACUUUGCUGCCGUGCAUGUUUGCAAAGAGCUCCACCGUAUACAACCCCAUAAUCUACUACAUCUUCAGCCAGAACUUCAAAAGAGAGGUAAAGCAGUUGCGCUGGCUGUGUCUACCUUCCAAUCCAAGCCACGUCAAUGACAACUGCAUUUAUUUGGUCAGCGCUGGCAUAAAACCCAAGGAAACUGCCCGGUCUACUUUACACGAGAUCAUGGAGUCAAAGGCAGAGACUUUGGAUUGA